AUGUCGUUCACCGGUACUUUGGAUAAAUGCAAGGCCUGUGACAAGACUGUUUAUGUGGUCGAGUUGCUUUCCCUUGAAGGCAAUCCUUACCAUAAGUCUUGCUUCAAAUGUAGCCAUUGCAAGGGUACCCUUUCGAUGAGUAGCUACUCAUGGAUGGACGGUGUCCUCUACUGCAAGACUCAUUUUGAACAACUCUUCAAGGAAUCUGGAAAUUUCAGCAAGAAUUUCCAAACUUCCAAGCCUCCUGAGAAACAAAAUGAUCCGUCGAGGGCUCCAACCAAAGCCUCGGCCAUGUUCUCGGGAACUCAGGACAAAUGUGCGGCCUGCUCAAAGACGGUUUAUCCGUUGGAGAAGGUGACUCUCGAAGGGGAAUGCUACCACAAGAACUGCUUUAGAUGUGCUCAUGGAGGGUGCCAUUUGACACACUCAUCCUAUGCUGCCCUUGAUGGAGUGCUGUACUGCAAGCACCAUUUUGCUCAGCUCUUCAUGAUCAAGGGCAACUACAACCAUGUCCUUGAGGCUGCUGCAAACAAGAAGGCCACCACGCCGCCUCCUGAGGCGGCGGAGGACGAUGAGGGCGGAGCUCAGCCACAGGCGGAGGAGGACGCGGCCUGAUUCUGCCUCCAUCCAAGGCUAUGAGAGUUGGGGAAGGGGCGGUGUUGUUUGAGCUACUUUUGUUGUUUUUUCUUAUUUAUUUAUUUAAUUUAAUUUAAUUUAUUUUAUUUAUUUAUUGGCCAUC